ACCUGACUAUGAUCAGAUUUCCUCAGUUGAUACGAUUCUUGCCAGUACUUUCAGCGGUACUGUGGUUUGGAGCAGAGUCGAGACCUAAAGUUACUCAUCUGGAGGAUGGUGAGAACGAGAAGCUUCAGAUUAUUUGCAUCGGGAACCCACAGAAAUACUGCAAGCACAAGCCUAUUGGAUUCAAGUUUAAUGACGGGUGCCGUGAAUGUCAAUGUAAGCACGACGACGCUUACUGCAAAACUCCAGUCUGUGUGCAUUUUGUGAAAGUGAAUACCCCACCGGAAAAAUAUUGUUACGAUAUACUACAAAGAGUGAGUGAAUUCCCGUUGCAUUCCUAUUCUAGGGUUUAUAUUGUGGCAUCAAAUGUCGUCGUUGAUAGUCAUUGUUUUGUGUUCUUAGAUACAAAAUGCCUAUAACUCAAACCGUUAGUUAAAUUUAAAUUCAACGAACACCUCACCAUUGGAGUAUUUGACAGUUAAAAGGGCAGACCAACAACACAAUAUUUCUAAUAAAUGAAGUUUCGACCACCUGAACAUAGGCGACUUUCCUAGUCGUUGUCAUGUUUAGCAGUCGUUGCCAACUAUCUGAUGGUGCUGCUUGACAAGAUGAAGGAAUUCUAGUUUAAUCACCCAUGUUGAAAUCACCAAAAGUACUCGAACGCUGUCUGAUACAGUAAGGAGCUUUCGUGAGAUCAUACUCAUCCGUAUUAUUGGCACGUACGGGGAGCUUUGCUGAAAUUAUGUUGAAUUCAUCGCAGCGAGUUACAGGCCAGAUAGUCUGAUCACUAUUUCAGAAAAGCAUUAGCCAGUCCUUUUUCUUAUCGGGAAUCGUCAGUGCCACGCGUGCUCAGACUGCAGCAGGAUUUCAAACCCAUAACAGCUGGGGUCUUUGUUCGUAGCCAACAGUUUAUACCACUAAGCCAUGCACUACGUUGCCAGACAUCAUGACUUGCAAAUUAACUGCGACACAUCGCUUCCCGAAUUGGAAAAUUGGUCGCGCUACUGCACAUUUUGCUUGUAAGUCAUGACGGUCUGCAGCUAACCCUCAUGGCUCAAUGUUAUGCUUUCUGUCCCUGAUGGAGCUGGGCGAUGCGCAGCACUGACGCACCCAGAUAGAGCGAAACAGCCGUCUGGUGCUUUAUGGCGUUGGUGGUCGGACCUUCUAACUUGUAAGCUACUGUGACUAAUUCAAAGACUGCGUUGACUCAUUGCCCGUCAAAGUACCCUGGAAACCUCAUAGUUGAACGAGUACUUGUUAAUAUUCACCCGUAUGAGCAUGGUCGUUCACUCGAGAAUGGGUCAAUUCCUCGUGAGAUAUUCCGUUGGGCGUUUAGAUGCAUAAACUUUGCGUUCGGGCUUGCUACCAGGUCUUUGCUGUCACAGUGACGCUACUUUACUAGCACAAUGAUAACGUAAGCAAAUGAACUUUGCUAAAUCCUUGUACUUACAACUACCGCAAUAAUCCUAAGUUACUUGCGUUCAGCCGCAAAGUCGAAGACGGAACAAGAAUGGAACACUUUCCAUCUGGUUAGCGCUUUGGUCUGGAAGAAGUAGGUUUAUGAGAGAUACCUAAGUGAACCACAAUCGCUCGUUUCAUUGACCUGACAUGAAAAAAUGUCGAGUACCAAGAUAAGGACAAUUGCGAACGCUCAAAAUAGGUCUAUUUAUCUCUACCAUUGCUUGUAAAUUUAUUUGGCUCAUUCUCUCUUUUAUUAACCCAGCAUUAUAUUUUCUUGUGUUACAGAACGAGAGACAAAACGCUGAUAAAGAUGCAAUUUCCGUAGUUAGUCGUUUAGUCUUGAAAGAAUCUGGAACUCAAAGCCCCGGCAGCCUUGAACUUAAGUCAAAAGCUGAGAGUCCAACGCCUGCCGCAACCUCCGUAGCUAACGAACCUACGGAUGCAAACAAACUCAUUUCUACCGGUGCAGAUUUGCCAUUAUUGAACGAGGUGAUAGAGGUCCCUUCUCAGGGCCACAGUCGUCCCAUACCAUCUGUUAUGCCCCAGAAAGCACGCUCACAUAGCUAUCUCUCACAGCAUGAGGCCUCUCCACCAGGUGUGCACGAACGGCAAGGUAAAAGAAAAGUAGUCAUGGCAUCCGCAUCACCAGCACAGUCAGAGGAACAUAAACCGACCGUUGACCACGGUUCCAAACACGAUGUAACUGAAUCGUUGGCCACAUUGUUACCCACUGUUAACGGAUUGCGCAGCCGGGCUAAUGGGAAUGGUAGGUCUAAAAACUCUGUAACAUUGGGACUUCAUGGGGAUGCAAGGUCCACAAAUAGUGGCAAUACUCCGGGAAAAGAUAGGCCAAAGCAACAUCAUCCAGAGCAAUCGCGGGACGAAUUCCCCAGUCCACAGGUUAUUAAAUCGAUUAAAAACACGCCAACCGAACAAUUGACAAAAAUUUUAAUUGAUCAUAUUCUACCGGGCAAAGAGCAAUCCACUACGAAGGAGGACAGAUCAUCAAGGGCGAAGAAUGCACAGAGAGUGAACAGGCUUCUUAAGCUUCUUGGGAGUUUCUUUUCGAAUAAACUAUCUAAACAAAAUGAGUCGGAUUUGAGCACUGCUGAUAUACAUGGUAAAUCCUUAAGGGAUCCAAGGAAAUUUGGGCAUCUUCACUUCAGCGACUUUGUACACGAGCCAAGUCAAGGACACUUUUUCAGUGGAGGCCCGCCGGAAAGGUUAUCACCCUUUUUCCGUGAGGAUGUUCCUCGUCACCACGAUUUCGUACCACAAAGUCAAGGGGAUUUCUUCUCAACUAGUAGGGAGAAGAUGGGUCGGACUCCAGUGAAGCCAUUUGGACCUUUUGAUUUUCCGGUGGAUACGCAACACCACCAUGUGGGUCCACCUGAGCCACAUGAGGGCUAUGAAACAGGUUACUUCGAGUCACUAAAUGGACAACCCUAUUGGAACCCUGGGCCUUAUUACGAUGGGCCGUACUACGGUGAGCCUUUUGGGUUUUACUCUGACGGGGGGCCAGAACCCUUCGAUAUGUUUCCUGAAUCGCCAGAGGUUUUCUAUGGAGACAACGUCCAUCACCUGCGUCAUGUAAAAGGCACCCUGCGAUCAUUGGGGACGGCAAACAAGAAAUUAGAAAAAGCAGCCAGUGAAGUGGCCACUGUCAACAAAAGUAGUUCCUCAUCGUCACCAUCAAUCCGAACUCCAAAAAGUGUGCCAGAUGAAUUUAUAAUGGCCGCGCGCAUCCUUCAUAGCCCAAAGCAACUACAAAUGAUUGAAAGCCGCGGAAACCAGAUUUCCGCAACUUCUGGGCAGCACCGUGUGAAUCAGCAGACUGGCCGCGUGAACAGCAAUUCAUUCGGUCCUUCGCCAUCUCAAAGCCAGCUCUCACCGAUGGAGUUCACGCAAAUGCUAGAAAAUUUGCAACGGGAGCUAUCCAAUGUGAGACACCAGUACCAAAAAUGUGAAUCCUAUCGAAGCCGAAUUAGACAUGCGUUAAAAUCGCACCUGUUCGGCGGUCAUAAUUCCGCUUCCUCACCUUCUUCCCUGUUUAACACUGCCGCCUCUUUCAUUUUAGGGACCUAUAUUUUACGUCAAUUCACGUGAACUGACUAGCACAGAUUUAUCAGCAACAAUGAAAUACUGCAACACGG